UUUCCUUCAACAUUAGCUAAUUUAUCAAGAAUGGAGAUACUGAUCAAGGAUGCUAACGCAAAGGCCACCGCAAAUAUCAAACUUCUGAACUCGAUAGAAAGCAAAAUCAUUCUGUCAUCGAAAUUGACUGUAGAGGGACCUCUGAGAUUGAGAGAAGAAUAUAUUGAAGGUAUGGUCGAAUCCCCAACAGUCAUUGAAGAAGCAGUUCCUGAACAGCUAAAAGGCGCAUUGGGUCAAGCUGCCACAACUUUGCAGCAGCUUCCUGCUCUUAUCAAGGAUACUUUAACCAGUGGUCUUAGAAUUCCCCUGAGUGGAUCCUUUGAAAGAUUCUUCAUGAUAUCGUAUCUAGACGAAGAGGUUCUUAUAGUAAGAGAUACAGCAGGAGUGCCUGAAGUUCUAACGAGGAUAGAAACACCAUCAUCCACUGUUGUAGAAACUCUUGAAUACGAUAGUUAGAUGUUACUAGCCGUUGUUGUUCUUGUUCCUAUGUUCUUUGUGUUACUUAAAAGUUACAAGAACCAACCACCAAGUUGGUGUCUGUAAAUGUUUGAAGUUGAUAACUUUAUAACCUUGAGGGUCAUCUCCAUACAUUAAAACAUCGUCCUUCUCUUGUGUUCUUUC